AAGAAAUGUGUCCGUGAGGAGUUGGCGAGGAGCGUGUGUAUUUACCAUCCAGCAGAAGAGGCACAAGCCUGGCAACACGGGAGGAGGAAACCUGCCGCCAGCCCCGCGGACGAGGCGAUAGCUGCUGUCGCCUCCCGUGCGCGCAUAGACCUCGCUAGCCGCCGCGCUCGCCGACAAGCGGAAUUCUCCCCGAAACACAGCGAUCCGGGAAGGAAGGAUUUGCCACCGAGCCUAUCUAUCACCCUCCUCCCCAGCGGCUGGAUACUGCAAUUCCCCCCCCCCCAGUCAUUCUUCUGUGUUUAAAUACCAAAUAUAGUCUCUUGGGAGGGGGGUGGCAGAAUUUUAAAAGAAUUGGAAAUCUGAUUUGGGCUCGAGAGGGCUGGUGUUGAACGGACAAGGCGAAGGCUCGUGGAAACGGGAGAGAAGGGGAAAUGUGCAGCUUUCAUUGACUGGCUGGAGAAGGACUAGAGAUUUACCACUUUUGAGGAGGCUGGGAGGUUUGUUUGUUAUCAGACUGUUGUUUCUUCCCUUCUUCUCUCCUGGGUUACGCUAAAUCCCGCAGCAUUAUUAAAGAAAACUUCAGUGUUGCCCACGUGUAGCUGGUAGCUUUCUUUUUAAGGUAGUUUUGGUAAAGAAACUGACAGACUUCUUAUCCUUCCCUUCCUCAAAGGCUCGUGACGUUUGAAACUGAAGUGGACCUGUUUUUCUCCCAAACACUACAUGUUGUAUAACGGGAGUGAGGACGAAAAUAUAUUGUUUACUAAUCUCAGUACGACUCCCCGAUUUUCAGCACCCACGAGGGAUGCUUUGCAAAGCUUGAUGUGGAAAAGAGUUGGAGUGUGUUUCGAGACUUUGUUUUCCUAAGGUAUCCAGCGGCUUAAUUGUUGACUUUUUUAGUGGAUUCGUAACAUGCUUUUAUGAAUUAAAUUUUGCCACCGUUUGUACAGAAGCCAAAUGACACGUGUGUUUUGAAACACAGUUCCAAAUAAAUCCAUCCCUGUGCCCGGAUUCUCGCCAGAAAGAGCCAGAGAGAGAUCGUCACUAACUUAAUAAAUCCGACUUUACUAUUUUGUGAACGUUAUACUCCUCAGAAAUGUUGAUAUAGAGUGCAUUAUUCCGGUUCAGCGGAAAGGGGGAUUUUCCAGCUUGCAAGACCCAGGAAACUGGAUACUUAAAAUCACUUAAAUGUUUUAACAGCAUUGGAAAAUGGGAGCUGCUACCAAGUUGGCGUUUGCUGUUUUUCUUAUCUCAUGUUCUUCGGGUGCCAUACUUGGCAGAUCAGAAACACAAGAGUGUAUCUACUACAACGCUAAUUGGGAAAAAGAUAAAACAAAUCGCAGUGGCAUUGAACCUUGUUAUGGUGAUAAAGAUAAAAGACGACACUGUUUUGCUACAUGGAAGAAUAUUUCUGGAUCCAUUGAAAUUGUGAAACAAGGUUGCUGGCUGGAUGAUAUCAACUGUUAUGAUAGGAAUGAUUGCAUAGAAAAGAAGGACAGCCCUGAAGUGUUUUUCUGUUGUUGCGAAGGCAACAUGUGUAACGAACGUUUUUUCUAUUUUCCAGAAAUGGAGGUCACACAACCAACUUCCAAUCCUGUUACACCUAAGCCACCUCUGUUCAACACCUUGCUUUACUCAUUGGUGCCUAUCAUGGGAAUUGCAGUGAUUGUACUCUUUUCGUUUUGGAUGUACAGACAUCACAAGCUAGCGUAUCCUCCAGUACUCGUUCCAACCCAACACGCCUUUCAUAUAAUGAUUGAGGACCCUGGACCACCGCCACCUUCACCUCUGAUGGGUUUGAAGCCAUUGCAGUUGCUAGAGAUCAAAGCUAGGGGAAGAUUUGGUUGUGUAUGGAAAGCUCAGCUGCUAAACGAGUAUGUUGCCGUCAAGAUAUUUCCUAUUCAGGACAAACAGUCAUGGCAGAACGAAUAUGAAAUUUACAGUUUACCUGGCAUGAAGCAUGACAACAUUUUGCAGUUCAUUGGCGCAGAGAAACGAGGCACUAGCAUUGAUGUCGAUCUCUGGUUAAUUACAGCAUUUCAUGAAAAGGGUUCAUUAACCGACUUUCUCAAGGCUAAUGUGGUUUCUUGGAAUGAAUUGUGUCAUAUUGCUCAAACUAUGGCUAGAGGUCUGGCUUAUCUUCAUGAGGAUAUACCAGGGCUGAAAGACGGACACAAACCUGCCAUCUCACAUAGGGACAUCAAAAGCAAGAAUGUGCUGCUGAAAAAUAAUCUUACAGCUUGUAUUGCUGAUUUUGGUCUAGCUUUAAAGUUUGAGGCUGGAAAGUCUGCAGGGGAUACACAUGGACAGGUUGGUACACGAAGGUAUAUGGCUCCUGAGGUCCUAGAAGGUGCUAUAAACUUCCAACGGGAUGCGUUUUUGAGGAUAGAUAUGUACGCCAUGGGAUUAGUCCUCUGGGAAUUGGCAUCACGAUGUACUGCCUCAGAUGGCCCAGUAGAUGAGUACAUGUUGCCAUUUGAAGAAGAAAUUGGCCAGCAUCCCUCCCUCGAAGACAUGCAGGAAGUUGUAGUUCAUAAAAAGAAGAGACCUGUUUUACGAGAGUGUUGGCAAAAACAUUCUGGAAUGGCAAUGCUCUGUGAAACAAUAGAGGAAUGUUGGGAUCACGAUGCAGAAGCCAGGUUGUCAGCAGGCUGCGUAGAAGAACGCAUUAUUCAGAUGCAAAAAUUAACUAACAUUAUAACAACAGAGGACAUCGUGACUGUGGUCACAAUGGUGACAAACGUUGACUUUCCUCCCAAAGAAUCCAGUCUAUGAUAGUUGCACUGGUCAUGUCACUGACCAACAGGACUCUUAACUGGAGCUGCUAAAGCUAACGGGACUGCUCACGUUAUUAUUGUUUUCUGUGUGAAAAGAGUGGUAAGUCUCUUUGGAACAUCAUCAAGAGGUGUUUUUCCUUUAUUUUUUCCCUUCCUCUCUCCUCCCAGACAUGGAUCCAUGAGACUUUUUGCAUUCCCUGCUUACACCUGAAGGACAUGUGACUGAGAAAACGAUAACAUGUUAUUAAGGAACUUAAAUGAAGAAUACGGACCUAUCCUGGCUAAUCAAGUGUUUUAAAAACUGACAUCAGAUUUCUUAAUGUCUGUCAGAAGAGACUAAUUCCUUAAAUGAACUACUGUUAUUUUUUUUAAAUCAAACAUUUCAUUUCAGAUUUAAAAAAGGGUAACUUGUUUUUAUUGCAUUUGCUGUUGUUUAUAAAAAUGACUAUUGUAAUGCCAAUAUGACACAGCUUGUGAAUGUUUAGUGUGCUGCUGUUCAGUGUACAUAAACAAAAGUAAUCAAGUGGGAUAUAGCAAAGAGGCUUCCAAGUAUUACUUAACCUCCCUCAACAAGGUAUACCUCAGUUCCACCUCUGCUAAAUUAUGAGAUUGACAACACUAACAAAAUUUGAAUAAUAAAUUGAUCCAUGUUUUGUAAA